UUAUUAGAUAGUCCGCAUGACGUACAUCCUCUCGACAUCCUGCUAGUGAGGGCAAACCAAGUAAGUAGACCUAGUACCAGCGUAUACAGUCUAUUCCAUGCAAGCAAAGUGUACAGUCUUCGAGGCUCUCUAGAGAGUAUCGUUUGUCAAGUUUGGUCGCGAGCUGAAGACCGACUAAAUCCAGUCGACUAGCUAGAGAGGAGGACAUGUCAAGAAAAACAGUAAAUUCUUUUCAACAAAGUCGUGUACGGUUGUAUGAAGAUACGAUCGUUACCAAGAAGGCAAGUAAGUUAAAUAGUUCUGAAGAAAAGCUAACAAUUACAACGACAAGAAUUGCUACAACAGCAAGCUCAGGAGAAGAAUCUAUUUCUGUGGAGUUGACUGGUUGGCGAAAAAAGGCGGUCAAACCAUUUCCCGAUCCAAAGUUCAAAGUGAACAUGUCCUGUUCUGAGUGUAGCUAUCAAGUUAGUGAACCCAAACUCAAGAUAACUAUCUUUCGUACUGAUGAUGAAUGUGGACGAAUAAAAGAGCACCAAGUGUUGAAAAUGAGCUCUGUACAGCAGCUCACAGCUUGGACCGCGGAACUCAUUCAAGCUUCAACGUUCGAGCCAGAGAACACGCUACAGCGUUGCUUUCACGUCGUCGUUCCCGAAGUGAGUUCAGAGCAAACUGCACCGUAUUUCAAACAUCUUGUAUUGCAAGCCCGUCAUCCCCACAAUUGUCAACUAGUCGUCCGUGAUCCGUUGAGACUAACCGACGUGAAGUAUUGGGAUCUCGCAAGACUCAAAUCAUUCACAUUCGAAUUCAUCCCACGUCCUCUGGUUUGCUUCAAGCUAACCGACGAACUAUUAUCAUCCGAUCUAACGAGUGCUCCAGAUGAGUCAGUGCAUUUCUUGUCAGCUGAGGUGGCACGGCAGGCACUUAACUUCGUAGAAUUGCUUCUGACGACCAGAUCGCCCAAGCUGUACGUGAAAGCGGCUAGGCAAGUGUCCAAUCGUCAGACAUCACAAGGUGAAGUCACAAGCAGAGUUACUUUCGAUUUUCAAAGCAAACAUGACUCGUCCGUCCAACAGUUCUUGCCUGUCAGCCCUAUAAAUUCCAAAGUCAAGUUGCCUUCUGUCUCACGUUUCAGUUGUGAUCUUAGAGAUGCAAAUCCCUACGCUGUAGUGGACGUGGUUGCUAGAUUGACAGCUCCACUUCCUCCAAAAGAUCUGAUUCGUCCUGGAGUUGUUUUACCUCGAAUACUAGAAAACAUCGGUUACGUCAAGUUUUCAAAAGUAGAGACUUUCAAUCCGCUUUCGCAAGAAAAGAGAUUGCCAAUCAAAAUUCUCGUAGAUCCACAACCUGAUGCUGAUUACGAUGACGUGGCAGAAGGCACGCUUGAUGAUGUCUACGAUGACGUGGAAGAAGGCACGCUUGAUGAUGUCUACGAUGACGUGGAAGAAGGCACGCUUGAUGAUGACUACGACGAAGUGGCAGCAGAUACGCCUGAUGACGUCUACGAGGAUAUAGUACCAGCUAAAAGUGAGCCAUGCACUCACAACACGUAGCAGUUGUACUCAUACAUAUAUAUCUACAUAUCUACAUAUCUAUAUAUAUACACGCGCGCGCGCGCGCACUGGUUGGAAGGCAGAAGAUAGAAAAUCAUAAGCAAGUCAGACGAUGUAUAGUGUAUGACGAUCAUGGGUGUUGCGUAUGCAUUGGAUUAGAUAAUCGGUACCAUGUAACAUUUUCAGUAUUUACUACACUAUAUACCUGUAUAAAUCAAAUAUGUGCAUUUGCCUUGCUAGUCGGUUAGCAGAAGCAGAAGGAACAAUUUUAGUAAAUAGAACAGCAGUUGAACUCGUAGACGAAUGAAAAUGCGUUUAUACUAGUUUUCUUAUUGUACACUGAUAUAUUUAGAUAUCUUUUAUCUGGCUUGUAUGUAUAGGUAAAAGAUUGUUUUUCUAUGA